AUGGAGAACGAUGCAUCGGGCGGUCGCCGUGGCCGGCUGAUGGGCAAGCUGUUCAACAACAAGGAGAAGGCGUCCAAGAAGGACCGCGAGCAGUUCAAGGCCGAGCAGAGCGCCAACGACCUGUCCGCCUUCCUGGGCGGCGGCAACGCCGACAAGCUCCAGGUCACGCACCCUCCCCCUCCGCCGCCCGCACACGGCCACCGCGAGUACGACCGCCAGCAGCCCCAGCUGGCUCUGGACACGAGCCGCGCGACGAGAUACCCGCAGGCCCUCGACGUCGACAACGGGUCUCAGCAGAACUUGGCCUACCGCUCGCGCUCGCAUAGCCCUCCCGGGCGGCCUCGUAGGAAGAACAAGGGGCUGGUUGUGCGGUUCGUGGACAGCUAUCCCGAGGUUAUCGGCGUCGGUGGAGACGAGUGCGAUAGCCCCGUCGCUGAGAUCGGGAGAAGGAAGAGGUCCAGGUCGGCACCAUUGUCCGCGCCCAUACCGCCCACGAAGCAAGGUCACGAGUACGCGAGACAGGUCGGCGCAUACCAGGAGGUCACCCCCCCGCAGGAUGAUGAUGGCUUUAUACCAGGCCCAAUUCGCAGGACCCAGACGGGAUAUGUUCCAAAUAUGACUGAGGAGGCAGGUCCUGCUCCCAAUGCGUCCUCGAAGGUUCCCUCGCCCCAGCCUCGAACCGUACCUGCUGGCGAGACUGCUCGAUCCCGUUUCUUGGACACAUCCAGUCGCAAGGAUGAAGCAAGACGGUCGUUUAUCGAGAUACACCAGCACGAGCAGAGACAGGCAGAGGGGAUGGCGUUUGCCGAGGCCAUGAGAUCAGCUGGUGCAGAGUCGCACAAUGAGUGGGAUGACCACAACUCCUCCCCCGAGCCCGUGAGAUCGACACCACAGACAAUGCAACAGAGAAACGUGCCCGCCGUUGCUAUGAACGACGCCCCGUUCGAUCCCCCUUUUGAUGAUGCAAUAGCGCCCUCCUCGUCACCGUUUAGAGCACAGUCGACGAGGAAGCCAAUGCCUCAAGCUUUCCGACACGAAGACCGGCCACCUAUGCGAGCACAAUCAACGCGUACACAUGUUCAACCCCUGAUGCCAGAUCCUACUCAGCCGCAACAACCUCCACAGCUUCCUCCGCCCAAAAACCCGGCACGCAGAUCGCCACUGCCCCCGACGAUAGACCCAUCUUCUAGAGUGCUUUUACCGCCAAUGGAGGCGGGUGAAGAGACACCGCCCUCUUUUACAAAUGAUGUGCUGCAGGCCGGGCGUCCCACGGAUUUAGAUGAGCUCCGGAUGAAAACCCGAGUCGAAUCAGACAGCCCUUCGUCGCAAUAUUCCGGUUCCAUCUACUCUACUUCUGAAUUGUCUCAGAAGGCCACUCCUAUUGCGCAGAGUUCACAGAACCCGCGAGAUCGAUCUUGGAGUACUGCCUCGCCCGAAAAGGCCCCCCGAAAGCCUUCCGAUCUACCUGGAAAUGACGAUGCCUACGAAGAAUUCAUCAGACGGACAAAACAUCUUUACGAAUUAUUUCGCCUGCAUGCGGAGCAGUUCAAGCCGCUGGGGAGCUGCAAACCCGAUGACAUGUGCCGAGCGGCGGUCUGGUGGUUUUUGAAAGGGAGAACUGCACUUGAGACUACUAUGAGAAGUCGUGGUACAGAUCUGGAUGAGACCAAGAGUCUCAUGAACCGAUAUCAAGCCUAUACCGACUUGACGAAAGGCUACUGGCUGACGGAGCUAGCACUGCCCGAGAUCGCCGAGGGCAAAUACAGCCCUGUAGAUGGCGAGCUGGGCGAUGUCAGGCAAAUAUUGACCACAAACUUAAAGAAGUUGGCAGGAUCUAUGAGCCGAAAUGGUCUGCUUCCGCCCGACGAGCCAUUCAUGCCACAAAUGAUGGAUAAGGGAAUCUGGGUCGACUACCCAACAUUAAGUCAGGACAUCAUCUCCCUGCUUAACGGUAACUGGGGCUCGCUGCUCCUAGCAUCCGCUUCCCAGGCCAACAGUCAUGUGCAUGCCCUGGAAGCCUUGCCUCUUGGUGAUACUCCGCAGAUUUUCAAUUACGGCCGGGUCAACGCCGAUGUCUACCUGAUGGAACAAGGGAUGGAGUCGAUGCAUACGUAUUUCCCUUGCAUCUUGUCCAUUAAUCGCCCGGUAAACACCUCGAGCCUCGUCUUCACGGUCGCCAGUCAGAACGGGUCCGUCACACUCCAAAUCCAAUCUGAUAAGAGCAAAGGACCGAGCUGGGAUGGCGUCCGAUGGAGGACAGAUAAAUGUUCGCUGGAACUGAAGAUGCCUCGUGGGUUCAUAGUCGCGAUACAAUGUUCGCAGACAGAUUUCCGCAUGCUCUGGAACAUAUUCGACUUCAACGCCAAAGUCCAGUCAUACCUGUACCCGAGCAAGGAGGAAUCCGUCACUUUCCAGACGAAGCUGCGCGGAUUCCAUUACUUUGACGCUGACCCGAACUCACGGGUAUUUCCAAAGGAGCCUGUCGGCCAAUGUGAAGUAGCACUAUUUGAACGACUCCUCAAGGAAGGCAGCCCAACCGGGCCGAGAACAUUUCACCGCGGGUUCCGCUUAGCUGUCGUUACAGGACCUCGGACCAGAACGCUCAGCGGCGUUACACACUUCUACACACCUCAAAUGCCUAUCCAGUUUUCUUACCUACGUGGCGAACAACGGGAGCCCAUGCUCCAGCUUGCGUAUGGCGAUGCGAAGACCAGAUGUCGCAUGGUCCUCAUAUUCAGUGACGAUAACGAGCGCGAGAAGUUGCUUACUUUGCUCAAAGGGAGCUAUGUACAUGGCGACGAGGAGGUCAUCACUGAGGUGCCGCUACAAGGUUUCAGCAUGUCAGAAGGCCUGCAAGACACGAAGGGUGGCCUCCAGACUCUGCAACGACUACCCUGGCAGCGUGCGAGGAUUGUCAACGAUAAAUACACUGAAAACCCGCCAGUUGUUCUAGCUGAGAAGCUGCGCCUGGAGCUGAUAUCACUUGAUCAAAAGGGCAAUCCGGUCGGCACAAUUACAGACAGAGUCAACAUGGCGCCCGGGGAGUUCAAGAUUCGGCUGGGAACUAAAGACAUUCUGACAUUACAGGCCAUCCGCAACCCUCAGGUUGAUAUGACCAUUUCGAUUAUGGACCGACCAGGUGCAUCAGACGCACGCCGCGAGUUCACCUCGUUGCAAGAAACGAUAGCCCGAACUCAGACCGUUCGUACAUACCGAUUCAACAACUUCAAGGAUCUCCAUGCUUUCCAAGCUGGCAUCACCGGGUAUGCAGUGUUGUUCGAUGGUGUUGCUUCCUCGCUCAACAUUACGCGUCGUCGCAUGGUUGUCCCUGUACACAAGAAAUGGGAGUCGGGGACGGCGCGUAUUCAGGUUGUCCAACACAACGCCGACAAGACAGUUCAGCUCUUGGCCUUUUUUGAGAACUGGCACCAUGGCCAGUGCAUGGGUUUUGUUCUUAAGGGCACAGAUGUCUUUGAGAGCACCGGAAAGAUGGGCAAGGCGGUGGUCAAGUUCGUGGAGGCCAAGUUCCCCCUGCCGAGAGUGUCUCGCGACGAGAACAGUGAGGGCAACGAUGACAUGGCAUUUGUGAGCCUGGAUAUGCCCGACUACGCAGGCGAGCAUGAUGAUAUCAGCAUCGUGUUUGAGGACGAGGCUGAGAGAGACAAACUCUGCGCGUGCCUACCUGCCCCCGUCAAGGGGUCGAGGCUGAGUAAGAUCGGCAGGUAA